UGGCGGUUUUGGGAAGACUGUGAGCGAGUGGACGGAUAAAGCUUAUUAGCUGGAGUCUAGAGCGACAGCUGGGAAUCUCUAACGACAAAGACAUCCAGUGAAGUGUGCGGGAGCCAUUUGCUGCAAUUUUGACUCCUCUGUGCUACGGAAUAGCCGCGGGAGCGGGGAGAAGGCUUGGCCCGAAACCUACGGAGCAGCUGCCUCGAGAAACUACCCACCCAGCGAGGAGAGGGAGUGGAAAUGUCGAGGUCUGGCGCCUCGCGGUGCUCCGUCCUUCCCUUCCAGCAAAUCAACUCCAAAAUCAGCUCCGAGGAGCUGGUCAAACGUCUGAGAGCGUGUUCCAAGUUUCUGGCCGAAACAGAGGAUCUGGAGGACAGUAUAGCCACUCCGCUGGCGUCUCUGUCGGCAGUGCUGGUGGAGCCUUUCAUCCAGCACCACAAGACGAGAGACGUUCGGCUUCUUGCUGCCUGCUGCAUGGCAGAACUGUUCCGACUUUUUUACCCCGACCCUCCCUAUGACGAGGACCAGUUGAAGGUGGUUUUCUCGCUGUUUGUGACUCAGCUGCAAGGGCUUGAGAAGCCCGGUGCUCCGGCAUUUCGUUCCAGUUUCCACCUCCUCGAGUGUCUGGCCACCACUAAGGCCUUCAAUCUCUGUCUCUCUCUGGACUCACAAGAACUCCUGGCCGACCUGUUCAAGAUGAUGUUCGCCAUUGUCAAUGACCAACAGUCCAGUAAAGUCAAGAUGUACAUGAUGGACAUUAUGUCAUCGGUGUUCCAAGAGGGAGAGAGUCUGUCCCAAGAAAUACUUGAUACCAUUCUCACCAACUUUGUUGAACCGACAAAGAGCAACUCGAAAGCUGUGUAUAACUUUGCAGCGGAUUUUGUGAGGAAAACCAGCCAAUACUUGGAGCCUUACAUUCAACUGUUCUUCAACAAUGCUCUAGUGGUAGGUCGCAGUGCGGAGAGCGAAGUGGCUGAUCAUAUAUACGACCUGAUACUGGAGCUGCACGCCAUAGACUCCUCCAUACUCCUCUCUGUCAUGCCUCAACUGGAGUUCAAACUGAAGAGUACGGAUACGGAGGAGAGACUGGAGGUAACUCGUCUCCUGGCCAAAAUGUUCUCACCACGGGAGUCCAGACUGGCCAGCGAGCACAAAUCUCUCUGGACGUGCUUCCUUGCCAGGUUCACCGACAUAUCUCCGAGUGUCCGUGUGGAGUGUAUCCGCUACUCCAAGUAUUUCCUGGUGUACCAUCCUCACCUGGCGACAGAGGUGGCCCACCAUCUCCACGAGAGGUUCCACGACAAAGACGAGAAAGUGAGGAUGGAGAGUGUCAAGGUGGUCUCUGAGGCAGCAGCCGACAGCCCCAAGGCCGUGCCCCAGUCGCUGAUGACGGAUCUCCAAGAGAGGAUGAGAGACAAAUCUUGGAGCAUUCGUAAGGAAGCCAUGACCAAUCUAGCUCGUCUCUACCGACAGAUAAUGUCCAGUUCCACGUCAUCUGAAGUGGGUGUCAGUCGACUGGACGCAGACAGAAUGGCCUGGAUCCCCAACAAGAUCCUCCACUCCUACUACCAGAACAGUCGAGAGGACCGGCUGUGCGUGGAGCGCUGCCUCCUCAGCUGUCUCGUGCCGCUCUCUCUCCCCUCCGAGGACCGCAUGCAGCGGUUGAGUCAUUUCUUCUCCCGGCUGGACGAAAACGCCUCCCGAGCCUUUGAGGAACUUCUGCGUACCAGAGAACAGUUGAGGUGCCACUUUUCAGAGCUUAUUGAGAUCUACCAGAAGGAGGAUAUGAUUGAGGAGAGAAAGAAAGAGAUGAAAAUGACCAAAAUCAUUCAACUCGCCAGGCAGCUCCCUGACCCCAUGCGAUGCCAGACUCACCUCAGAGAGCUCUCGGUGAUGCUGGACGACGACCGGCUGAAACAGCACCUUCUCGACGCUCUUCAACUCACCACAACUUGCGAUGAUGUCAUCAAGUCAAAGGGGGCUGCCCUGAGCAAGAUUGGAACCAAACAUGGGAUAGUGGAGACGGUGAAGACGCUGUUAGACCGCUGCUGCCCCAUGUUGAUUGACUGCAAGUGUGUGUCGGUGCUGGUGGAGGAGUGUGUGGGCCAGCUGUGUGAGCCCAGUCUGAGUCAGAGCGCUGCAGAGGAGAGGCAGGAGGCAACUCGAGCCAAGAAGACGGUCCACCUCCUCAAGAUCCUGGCAGAACUGACUCCGGCCCAGUUUGCUAGCCCUGAAGUCUUCCAGAACCUCCUCUCUCUCCUGAGACACGACGACUCUGAGAUUGUUGGGGAUACUCUUCAGAUCCUGACAUACACUGGAGCAAACAUUGACCAGACCACAGCAGGGUGUCUGCAGCCUCUUCUGACAAAGCUGGCCCACAGUGGACCUCCCCAGUUGGCCAGACACACCAUUCGCUGCAUUGCAGCAGUGUUCUCGGAACCAACACCCAUCCUACAUCGAGUCUUUAAGUGUCUACUGACGGCCAUGGACUAUGAACACCCUCACCUGCUGACCACCUUGUCCUCCAUGGAGGAACUGGCAGAGACAUUCCCCGUCGUCUUCCAGUCCUCUCACAAGAAGGUCAUCAAGGAGUUUGUGGUGAAGAAACUCCUGGUGGUUGACCGGGCAAAGGAAGAAUACAGUGAGGGAGACCCAGAGUGGUGCUCAGACGACGAGGUGUCCUACGAGACGCAGGCCAAGGUCCUGGGGCUGCGGCUGCUGGUCAGCUGGCUAGUCGGUCUGGAGACUGACUUUGAGCACUUCGCCAGCCCCGUCCUCCGCCUCCUGGACAUGGUUCUAGCUCACGACGGAGACCUGCAGGGAGACGACCACAUCAGUGCUCACGAUCGGUCGAGACUGAGGCUGGCUGCAUCGUGCGGACUCCUGAAGCUGGCCCAGAGCAGUCACUACCACGAGCUGAUCUCCCAGACUCAGUUCCAGAGACUUGCUCUCUCCAUUCAGGACACGUGUGAUGAAGUAAGAGAUGGGUUUGUAUCCAGUCUCCACCAGGGACUGCGCUCCCUCAAGCUGCCCCUGGCCUACCUGAGCGUGUUUGCUCUGGCUGGAGUGGAGCCCAGACUAGACACCCGCCUCAGACUGCGGCAGAUCCUGGCCAACAACGUGGAGAGACGGAGAGAGUGCGUGAAACAACACUCGAAAGCAAAAGAGAACCUGCAGGCUAUUCUACCAGAGUAUGCAGUGUCUCACGCCAUUUACCUCAUCUCCCAUCAUCCUCAGUUCAGUCGGACCAACCCUCUCUCCCUCGAUACCUUCAGAGAUUGCCUGUGGUUCUUUUUAGAGCCCCUCACCAAAGGCAACGACAACUACAGCUUUCUUCGCAAGCUGCUGGAGACAAUCAAACAGACGGUCGACACUCAGGAUCCAGACGCUCCUGAAGCCAGCAAAAACAUCUAUGCUGUGUGUGACUUGGCUAUGGGAGUUCUUACAACAAAGCUGACUAAUAUAAAGUUGGGAGAGUUUCCAGGAAAAGUGCUGCUUCCGUCCAAACUCUUCAAACCGAGACCAAAGGAUGCACCGACCAAUACUGCCUGUUACCUACCUCCAGACUAUAACUGUACUCCAACGAAGAAGUUGAAAGGAGAGAACGUGAACGCGAGUGUGUCAGUGACGCCGAAAUCACUCCAAAAAAAGGGAAGAAGGGUGCUGGUAAAGCUGGUAGAACGCCGUCCAAGACCCAAUCAAAGAGCACAAAGACACCUACUAAAGCAGGAGGAGGGAGAAAGAAAGCUCUGCAGAAGAAAGCCGGGAAAGGGAGUGGAGGGGCGAAAGGCGGAGGGGAGAAAGAUGUGGGCGAGGGAGAGGAAGAAAACAUGGCUGACGGUGGAGUUUUGGACAGGGAGGUGAGUUAGAAAGAGGAGAGAGAGAGAGAGAAAGAGAGAGAUAUCUCUGCCACAGGGCGAGGGACGUGAGGGACAGAGGAAGUGUCUCCUGGCAAGGGUAGAAAGAGGAGAGGAGGAGGAGGAGGGGGGGGGAGAAAGCUGCAGUGACCAAGAAGAGAGUGAGUCGGAGAAUCCUCCAGGAUACUGAGAAGGGAGGGAGGAGGAGAAAGAGAGAGGAAGAGGAGGAGGAGGAGGAAGAGAGAAGAUAGAGAGUGCAGAUGAAGAUGCCCAUGCUAACGGAGUCAACUCCUCAGUUUCAGAAUCAAAUGAGGUACUGGAGAGCUCUCCUGCAGCUCCAAAGAAGGCGAAAGUUGCAGAAGAAGCGACUUCUGAAGACAGUGCAAAGACUGCACCGAUGAAACGUCGAAUGAGACGGAGAAGAUAAAGAGCUCUGAAGUGCUCUCAUAACUACUCCACGCAGAACAUUUGUUGACUAUCUCUCCAGAACUCAUCCAACCAAUUUCACACAUCAUUUACUCUACCAUUUUCAGUAUCUAUCUAUCUAUCUCUUUCACUAUCUCUUUCUCACUAUCUCACUGACACACUACCAGCCAACAUACAUGACAGUUUACUGCAAUAUUACGUAGCUUCUCACGUCACCACUCUCUCACUGUCCCCCUCUCGUUUGUGAUUGCUUGUAGGCAUCCAGUUUUGUGUUUCUCGGGACAUUGCUGCAAAAGUAUACAUUUGCUAUUAGCUUGACAAGUGAAGCAAACUUACCUGAAUAACGCUACGAUUUCUUGGCAACAAUGUGCUAUCAAAAGAACACUACGAAGACAUAUUUACAUAAACAGUGA